UCUCUCUAGUACCAUUAUGGGGGCAGGAUCAGGUUUAUUAGUAGUUUGUGGAGUGGUCCAUGCUAUUUCGGGUGGACGAAUCUCGCUCUUAAGUGAAUCUCCAAUCUAUGCAGUUGAUUUCACAUCUACUUCCUUUACUCCUAGUGGAACCUCUGUGAUUCCUAAAAGAGAAGUCAGAACCACCAGAGCAAAAAGAACUCCCAAGGUGUUUAAAAAAGCCAUGCCAGUCAAGAGCAUUGUCGAGCCAACUAUGACAAAGUCAGAAGUGAAGCUUUUGGAGUCGCAAAUCUAUAUUUUCUAUACUUCGUUAACUGGCUCUUCUCAGAGAGUAGCGACUGCUUUGAAAGAAAAGCUUGAAGGCUUGGAAGACUUGCAGAACGAACCCAAGUUGAUGAGUCUUGAUGAUGAUGUCGACGAUCUUGAAGAAUACUUCUUGAAAACUCCAGAUAACGGGGCUACCAAGAACAUCUACUUGUUGGUUUUGCCAUCUUAUGAGACCGAUUCUCCUAUUGACUAUUUCCUUGAGCAUUUGAAGGAUACUUACCAGGAUUUCAGAGUCGACAAAUACCCUAUGAGGACGUUAUUGGGUUUUGCUAUUUUGGGUUUGGGAGACUCAGAAUCGUGGAGUGGAGACAAAUUCUGCUAUCAAGCCAAAUUGGCUGAUAGAUGGAUGGGUAAAUUGGGAGGAAGAAGGUUGUUCCCCGUAGGUGAAGUUUGUAUGAAAUACGAAGGAGAACCCAAAGCCCACGAAUGGAUCCAGAAUUUUGCUUCACUCAUGGUGGAUGACGAGCCAUUCUAUAUAGAUGAAGGAGAAGACGACAUUGAUGACAGUGACAAGGAAGACAGCGAGGGAAAUAGUGAUGAUGCAGACACCCUUGUAGACGUCGAAGAUAUGGGAAAUAUAAUAAGGAAAUCUGGAACGAAGGGAUUGUCUGAAACUGAAACCAAAGAAAUGGUAGCUAAAGAUUCACCCACUUACAAGUCCUUAACUAAGCAGGGGUACACCAUUGUAGGAUCCCAUUCUGGAGUCAAAAUCUGCAGAUGGACCAAGAGUGCCUUAAGAGGGAGAGGCUCUUGCUAUAAGUUUGCAUUCUACGGCAUCAAGUCACAUUUGUGUAUGGAAACAACUCCUUCCCUUGCUUGUUCCAACAAGUGUGUCUUCUGCUGGAGACACGGUACUAACCCAGUAGCCAAACUGAACUGGAGAUGGGUAUUGGAUCCACCAGAAAAGGUCAUGGAAGGUGCCUUACAGGGCCACUACCAGAAGAUCAAACAGAUGAGAGGUGUGCCUGGGAUUCAAAUGGACAGAUUCCAGGAAGCAUUCCAGGUCAAACACUGUGCACUUUCUCUUGUGGGAGAACCUAUAUUCUACCCUCAUAUCAACGAAUUCGUAGGUAUGUUACAUGAAAAGCACAUUUCCUCUUUUCUUGUUUGUAACGCUCAGCAUCCAGACAACCUUGCUAAGUUGUCUAAGGUGACGCAGUUGUACGUUAGUAUAGACGCGCCAACUAAGACCGACUUGAGAAAGGUAGAUCGCCCUUUGAACAGUGACUUCUGGGAACGGUUGAUGUCGUGCUUGGAUAUCUUAAGAACUGUCCAGAGUCACCAGCGUACUGUUUUCAGAUUGACGUUAGUCAAGGGUUUCAACAUGAACGACAUUGAGAGUUACGCCGAUAUGGUUGAAAGAGCCCGUCCAUCACAGAUCGAAAUUAAGGGUGCAACUUUCUGUGGUUCUUCCACCGGAAACGGAAAUCCAUUGACUAUGCAAAACAUUCCAUUCUAUGACGAGUGUAAGGAGUUUGUUAUCAACUUGAGCAACGAAUUGCAAUCCAGAGGCCUCAACUAUGAUAUCGCUGCUGAGCAUGCCCAUUCCUGUUGUAUCUUGAUGGCAGACACCAAGUUCAAGAUCAACGGAAAAUGGCAUACCCACAUCGACUAUCCUAAGUUCUUUGAGCUUCUUGAAAGUGGAAAGGAUUUUGUCGACUUGGACUAUGUUAGGGAGACGCCAGAUUGGGCUGUGUGGGGAUCCGACGAAGCUGGUUUCAAUCCUGAAGACACUAAGUACGACAGAAAGACCGAAAAGUUGAAGAAGAAAUUGGAGAGAGAGGAACAGGCUAGAAAGGUCAUUGAACAGACAGAAUAACUAAUUGUACAGGGCAUUAUAGAUAUGGAAAAUAUAAAUUACUACAAU